AUUCCUGCCCGCCCGCACUGGCGCGGCCCAUGGCUGAUGUCAGUCGUUGUAUCCCGCGCAUCGUCUCAGCGUGGGAGGGAUGGGAGGACACGAAAUUGUUCAUGCUGUUCGUGCUUUCUGGAAACUGCUGCAGAUUCUUCCGGUAGCUCGCAUGCAGAGGAAACGUCGCGAGGAGGGAGAGAGGAGCAGCAGGAGAUCUUUCACUGUAGGUUCAUCAAACAUGCAGUCAUGUAGACAAUGAAUACAUCCGGUAUCUUCCGUUUGUGUGCAGAUCCUCUCGCGCGGGAUGGCAAAGGCUGUGCUCUGCUUCCUUGCUGCAGGGGAGGUGUGCUCGACGGCAGCAUGGGUGACGCCGUCCGACUGCUUCGCAGGACACAGAACAAGAAAGAACAUCCUCCGGCGAUCGAAGGUCAGCAGUGCCCAUACGAGGCUAGAAUAUGAUGGCUCCACUUGUUCAUUCCAUUCAUUCACUCAUGUGUUUGAUUCCCUCUCAGCCCUCUGCAAGCGCCUCCAUCAGCCGUCUGUCUGCCAGUGCAGGAGAGAGGGCGAAGCGGCUGCUGAUCCUGGGCCUGAACAAGUACAGCCACGACGCCGCCUGCUGCAUCGUCGAUACGUCAGGCGCACACCUCUACGGAGGGGAGAAGGAGAGGUGGGUCAUGGAUGGAUCAAGCGCCCGUAUCAGUAUGCAACAUCCACAGUGUGUGUGAUGGUGGUGGUGUGUGUCAUCAGGUUGAGUCGCGUCAAGCAUGACGGAGGGGAGGUGGAUGAUCUGGUCGACCAGGCGCUCACGUCCGUCGAUGCCACCCUGGAUGACGUUGCAAUGGUCGUCCAGAGUAACCACCACUUCCGGAUCGCCCCUUUUGAAGACCGCCUACCAUGGGCAGUCUCGCAGGGCCACUACCCACCGUCCUAUAUCGACCCGCUCAACAUCUUCGCCGGGAUCCCCAAACGAGAAGUAUCCCACCACUUAGCACACGCAUGGUCCGUCAUCACUCAGGUGCGUGAUGCAGUGAAGCUGGGAGUGACAGACAUCGACGCGAGCUCAUGUGGUGUGUCGUCUUGUGUGUGUGUGUUGGUCAGGCGCCGUUUGAUGAGGGUCUUGUGGUCGUGAUGGACGGCAUGGGUGAGUCGUACAGGUACAUGGCCGACUCACACAGCCAAGCGGAGUACCUCACCGAUCUUGACCUGCUCGACUCUGCCACGUCCGAGCAGCGGUCCGCCUUCAUCCAAAAUCCGCGUCAACUGUUAGCCGGCAAGGGCUAUCGUGAGGCGGAGAGCGCCUACCUCUUCUCCCGCUCGUCAGCCGCCGGUGGGCCGACGGUCAUGCCUCUGUUCAAGCGUUGGACGGAGGAGCGCAGCCCACCGGAGCUCUUCAAUCACGGCUUUGAGAACAUGGAGUCGAUGGGUGCCGUCUACUCGAGGGUAUCCAGCCAGAUCUUCGGCGACUGGAACGUCUGUGGAAAGGUGAUAGAUACGAUACGUGGGAGGCUUUGUCACGUAUCUGUGACUGUCUGUGCUUUGUGUCGGUGUAGGUGAUGGGUCUCGCGCCAUGGGCAAAGGCUGGCAGCACGGGAGAGGCCACAGACAUGUGGAAGGGCCUUCUGGAUGACGGCUUCCGACUAAUGGAAGGCAACCUGCUGCUGUCGAAGGAAGAGCAGGGCGGCUUCCGCGUCAACUGGGGUGAGCCUGGUGUUGCAUCAAGACAUAGCACUGGGUCAUCUCCCCUCUGCUGCGCGCCCUUUGGCUGCAGAUUUGCUCGAGUCGCUGCCGCACGAUUGCCUCGGGACCGACCCAACCUUCAUGUACUGGACGAAGGCAAGACAUGCAACACGGCUGACCAAGACACCGCACCACCGUGCGCUCUGCGCUGCAUCUGUGUCCCAGGUCAUUCGCCCCCCUGGCCUGGCGUGUGCAGCGUGACCUCGAAAACGCCGCAAUGACGCUCAUUCAGGAGCUCAAGGAGCGGACGGGCGCGAGGAACCUCUGUCUUGUCGGCGGAGUAGCACUGAACAGGUGAGAUGAGGCAAGUCGAUACACAGACGGAUAUGGAGCAUCGAUCCCUGUGCGUCGAUUUCAUUGGCUGCAGCGUGCUGAACGGCCGGAUAUGUCGAGAGCUCGGCUUCGAUCGUGUGUUCAUCCCGCCAUUCCCUGGCGACGAGGGCAUCGCAUUCGGAUGUGCCAUGGCGGGACUGCACCACUUCAUCAGGAAGCAGCCAGCAGAGGCGGCGAGAGCAGAAUUGGAGACGUCAUCGGUUGCCGGCCAUCCCGUGACGCCCUACAGCGGCUAUGACUACACUGCGGACCCCGAAGGCAUGGAUGCAGUGCUGGACGAGUACAAGCACUGGAUCGUCACGCAAAGGCGAGUGCGUCAGGAUGGCAGGGAGGGAGGGAGGGAGAGGAAGCGGGACUUUCAUUCCGCUCAUUCGUGUGCAGGUACACUGAGAGUGAGAUCGUCGCCGAGACCGCUCAGCUGCUGGCAGAUGGCAAAGUCGUGGCGUGGUUUCAGGUAGGUGGGUCAACACAAAUAAUGAAUCGGCAGGCAGGCAGGCAGGCAAUCUGUCUUGUCCAUUCAUUCAAAACAGGGCGGAGCAGAGAUGGGCCCGCGUGCUCUCGGCCAUCGAUCCAUCCUUGCAGACCCACGCAACAAGACAAUGGUCGACUUCCUCAACAAGGAGGUCAAACACCGGGAGGCCUUCCGCCCGUUCGCACCAUCUGUCAUCGCUGAAGAAGCGGAUGGGUGGUUUGAGGACCUGCCAGAGUGUGGAUCUCCGUACAUGUCGAUUACGGCGGCUGUGAGGGAGGAGAGGCGUGGGCUGGUGCCUGCAGUGUGCCACGUUGACGGCACUGCACGGCUGCAGACGGUGCGGGAGAGCGAUGAGCCGCUCUUCUAUCGGCUGCUGCAGCAAUUCUUCAAGUGAGCUACCGGGAAAAGAGUGACGAAAGGUCAUCGACGUCCACUAGACCGUGUGUAUGUGAAUGUGUGUGUGUCAGGUUGACGGGCAUCCCUAUGGUUGUGAACACUUCAUUCAACAUCAAGGGCGAGCCCAUCGUGGAGGUGAGUGAAAAGAUGCAUAGAAUGAUGGGGCGCUGGACCGAUCGAUGGACGGAUGCCAUCCAUUCAUCUGUCCGUCCGUCUGUCUGUCUGUCUGUCUCUCUGUUGUCCCUUCUUUCUCUUUCAGGAGCCUGGCGACGCUCUCCGCUCCUUUCUAGGUGCACUCCCGAUAAACACACCCCCUCGGUCAUUAAUGCGUCGUUCCCUCUCUGUCUGUCGAUGUUUCCCAUCAGCCACGGAAGGUGCCAUCCACACCCUGAUUAUGGGCGAUGUCAUGAUCGAGCGACGUCCAUUCCCCACUGAGGACGUCCUCAACCAGGUGCCCCUCCGCGACACCAGCCAGCCACUGAGGGUGCAAGAGACCUACCUCAUGCACACCAAGGACGACAGUGAAAGCCGGAAAUCGAUGAAGUCUGUCCGGCUGGGCCGGAUGGGUGGGAGGGGGGAUGGCUGGGUGGACUUCGAUGCGGCCGAUCUGCGGCUGCUGCAGAUGAUCGAUAAUGAGAUUACCAUUCAGGUGCAGGCUAAGACAUCGUGAUACACACAAACACAGAGACGCGCACAGCUGUUAUCUUCUCUCUAUGCCUUCAGGACAUCUUGGAUCGGUGCCUGAACGAGGCAUCAGUGUUUCUGGGCAGCGAAGUAGACGAGCAAGAGCUGGAGGUGUUAGUUGCUGAGAGUGCGGGCAAGGCUGUGGGUGAGGAGGUGGCGCUGGAAGACGACAGCCUGCCCGUGACGGUUGACGUGAGUGAGUGUGUUGGUGCCGAGGUACAGUGCCGUGUGAUGGAGGGACUGCAGAGGCUGUACAGUCGACAGCUGGUUUACUUUGAGGAGAGCUCUGAAUGAAUGAAUGAAUGAGGGACCGAUAGUCAUCUCUUGCAAUAUUUGCAUGCACGGCACGGACACGCGCAUGAAAGGAAUAGU